CAAUAUAAUGGAAUGUUCUUAAGGUCAAAAAGCAUGGCCCAGGACAAGGGAUAGAUAGAGUCGAGAAAACCACUUCUUGUGUCUGUGCCCAGAAGUACAUACUUCAGUAACCAUGACGAUGAACUACAUGCCUGGGACAGCCAGCCUCAUAGAAGAAAUUGAUAAGAAACUGUUGGUUGUGCUCAGGGAUGGACGAACUCUCAUCGGCUACCUACGGAGUAUAGACCAGUUUGCAAACCUGGUGUUGCACAAGACAAUAGAACGUAUCCAUGUUGGGAAGCAGUACGGAGACAUUCCACGGGGAAUCUUUGUGGUGCGAGGAGAGAAUGUCGUCUUGCUGGGGGAGAUAGAUGUGGACAAUGAGAACAAACUGCCACUUCAGCAGGUUUCCAUCGAUGAGAUUCUGGAAGCUCAGCGGACAGAGCAGCUGGCCAAGCAAGAGGAGGAGAAGGCGAAGGUCAAGGCCAUGAGGGAGCGAGGACUGCAGCCUCAACCCUCAGGCAUGCAGGAGGAGUUCUAGACACCACCAUAGCCUCAAUGCUCAGGCAUGCAGGAGUUCUGGACAUCACCAUAGCUGCUAUAGCCUGGGGUCCUGGCUUAUAUGUCUGCUUCUUAACAGUUCCUUCCAUUUGGAAGGGGACCUGAACUUUCCAAGGCUAUGGAUGCUAAUGAAACAAACGUGUCCUUAUUUUUGUUAUCAUUUUGUUAGUUUUGGUUUGGAAUUCUUUGGACAAAAAUAACCAGAAGAGUACAUUAUUACUUAGUACCACCACAGAUGUAAAGGGACAGUAUAGCACGUUUCUUAGGGUGGGCUCCACUGGGAUAUACAACUGUAGCAUACAGGAGCUCCAUUUGUCACCAUGGAUUACGAUGGAAGACAAAACAUCCUUUUUCUUUUUUGUAUCAACUAAACGUGGUUUAUUUGGGAUUUGUUAACCGAACACCGUAUUUUUUGAGUUGUUGGGAAAUUGUCAAUAUCAAAAGGCAAUGCAGAGUAACUUAUAUUUGUUAUUUUGAGUAGACAUAGUUUAUUGGCUAUUAUGUAGCUGCUCAAAGUAUUUUUGGAAACACUCAUUGCUGCUUUGAAAAAAAGUGUUCACUAUAGGUUUCCACUAUAGAAAAGCAAGCUUGUAAAGUCAUCUUUUCAUGUAUUCAUUUUCUGUUUUAUGUCCAUUCAAAUUAGUAAAGUUGCCAACAAAAAAGAAAUCAUUGAAUAUCAGUUACUUUAUUGGUUACUAUCAUCAUCACUAUUGCCAGAUGUCAAUGUAGAACAUCAAGGCAGUUACUAGCAGUAGUCUUCCUGGAGUACAAGAAUAACACUGAAAACUUUUUCCACCAUCAAGUCUUUAUUGCAAGUAAAUAAAAGCUAAGAUCAAGCAUAAA